AUUCCCAACAAGAAAAAUUGCGGCAGGAACUUUAUCUUCUUUUUCAGAACAUUUUGUAAAAUCCACCAAAUUUUUAUCCAAAAGGCCUUUAUGUCCUUACAAGUCCACCAAAUGUGAAAAUAUGUAGCGUCAUCACAAUUACAUCUCCAACAUUUUGCUUGCAUUUCUGGAUACAUACACGAUAAUUUUUUAGGAUCUAGAUGCCAUCUAUAAAACAUUUUAUAAAAAUUUUCCCUCAGAUUCUGUGCCUGCGUGAAUUUAACAUUUCUAACCCAAAUUUUUUCCCACGUUUCCAAUAAUAUUGGCUCCUGAAAAUUUUGUGUUUUCAUCACCCAUUCAAAACAAUUUCAUUUAUACAAAUGUAGUUUGUCAAAUGAAUGGAGUAAUGCAUUUGUGUGUUUGUUUCUUUAUCAGUUCAUAUAACUUGGUAAAAUGCAGGAUAACAAGUAUUUUGUUUUAAAGAUAAUUAUAACACCAUUUUAUUAAUAUUAAUCAUAUUUUGUGUUCAUUUAAGUCUGUCAAGACCUGGGUAUGCUACUAGGCUUAUGGGUCCAGAGACUGGGGAGAUUUUGAAAUGGCUCCCUGACUAUAGUUAUUAUCAUUUCGUGUUUUGUGUGCUUUUUAAUAGUUUUAAGUGUGAUUUUUUAAAUGUAUUUAUUUACUUUUUUAGUUAAGUGUUAUACACCACCCAGAAUCACAUUCUUUUGAGAUAGCAGCUACAUAGAUAGAUAAAUAAAUAAAUAAAUAAACAAAUAACAUAUAAUCUGAAAAAAUGAGAUAUUUCCCAAAGUAAGCAUCAUGUUUAAGCAAGACUCAAUAUAUCUAUUCGAAACAAUUUAAUUUCUGCAUGUUAUAUUUCCUAAUGAUAUUACUCGCUGCUUUUUUUUCACGCUGCAAAAGCCAUCCAUCCUGUUUGUAAAAAUUGUAAAAUUACUACCUGGGAUGGAUUACAACAUUUACCACAUUUACACUGAAGUUCUUGCUUAAACCUGCACUAGGGAUCACCACUAAAGGAUUUAAUCUAAUAUGGGAACCUGGACACUGUGAGGUACACUUGAUGAUCAAGGACACUUGAUGUGAGGUACAAUUAACAUUUAUUUCAUGUUUUACGAACCAGGGAAAAGAGUAGAAUCCUAAAUAUUAUGUUUAUCAUAUUCUUGUUUGAAAUAAUACUAAUUAUAAUGAAAAACAGCUUUUGGUACUGAGUGCUUUCUGGUCAUAUUCUGUCAUUAUGUGCAUUUAAAAAAAUAAUAUUCUCACCAACAUUUUAUUUUAUUUUUAAUUCCUAAUGCAGAUUUUAAGAAACCUAAGGUCUCGGUAUUGCACCAUGGUAUUCAAGUACUCACACUACUUAGUUAUAACAAUAUACGCUUUCAAGAGAUUUUUAUUUUUAUUUUCUUAUAGCAGCAGAUGCCCAGAAUGUAAGAAAAACAUGAAACGCAUCAGGAUUCAUUUCUUCAGAUUUGCAAAAUAAAAAAUGGGUUUCAUUUUGUGUGAGCACCACCUGCUGGUGGAAUGAUUGUGUAUAAAGGCAAAUGUAACAUCAUCGUUAUCAUCCAAAGUACUAAUAACAGAUAUUUAUUUCUUCCUCCACUCAUUUCAAUGUAUAUGGUUGCCCAUUAACAACUCUGGGCAGUCAAUGUAAAACUAAAUUUAAAAGCAACAACAACAAUAAAUGUACAUAUAGUAGCAGCUGAGGUCAACAACGAUUUCUACAAAUAACAUCCGUCUUAUGGGCUCCCUUGACCUCCCAAUCCCCACACCCAGGAAAAUAGCCAAAGUCUUUCUCAAAUGCUGGCAGAGUUCUGGCCUGCUGAAUCUUGGGAUUAUGAUGUUCCAGAAAAACAGCAUGGCAACAGAAAAGGCCUGUUUCCUAAAUUGCACCAAGUGACAUUCCUUGAUAAACAAGAAUUGAACUGAUACAUAGGAGGGGAGCUGAAUUUCUUUCUGAUACAGGGGUCUUCACCUAGAUAAACCUUUUCCCCAGACAUUGUUUGAGUAGUCAUUAUAUGCAUGUUGACAUUAGUAAAAUAUACUUUAGUAAUGCUGUGUCACUAAAAAUAUCACCUAUGAAAAAGCAAUGUGCAACGUAUAGCUUGGAAAAAGUCAUUUUUUUCUUUAUUAAUGUAACUGAAAGGGAAUAACCAGAAUUUUAAUUCUUAUCAUAAAAAAGUUAGGUUACAAUCAGCCAGGAGUCUAAAUUGAGACUUUCUUGUAUUUCCCCAACAAGAACAUAAGACCCAGAAAAUUUCUGACUUGACCUAGUUAUAAUAACAUUCUGCUACACAAUUGAUCACAUGACAUAAUCACAUUAUCCAUAUUACAAAGUAUGGUACAUGCUAGGACCUUCCUUUGGGAGGAGGAAGAGAUUUCAGCAGGCCUUCUUAAAAUAUCAUGGCCAGCACACAUCCACAGUGCUAGAAUCAAUGGUUUUGUGCUCCUGAUAGAUUUCCCCGUCAUCCCUUCAUGAAGAACAAACAAGCCACAGAUGGCUGCAGUGAGGAGGCAGAAGCAUUGGAAACUUACAGCAUUUUAGAUAUUUGGUUUUUUACAGGUAUAUGUUAAACAUUUAUGGAGGCAAACAAUAUACUGUAUAUUCUUCAGCAGACAAACAUUUUUAGAAACAUGUGUCCCAAAGGGCUUUGUCUCUACGCUUGCCAAAAACACUAGGUUUAUCAUGUAGCCACAGCCAAACAUACAUUAGUAUAUUUGAUGUUUCACAGAAUAUGUGAAGAUGGAGUUUCCAAUCUCGGAGCUAAAGAAGAUGGAAUAGGAAGUGGAGAUGAGGUUAACUGGAUAGAACAAAAUGGAAUUGUUUCAAGCAGCCAUUUAGAUCUAGUUCUCUUGGGAGUAUACAUCCACAACAAGAUGGGCCUUCCCUGGUAUCAUGGCUGAAUGGAGCAGCAUUUCUUCCUGUUGCAUAAAUGUAUUGUAAUACCAUCCAUGCUACUGCACCGUCCUGUAGGAUAAGGCCAUCAGUCCCUGCCCUUCCUCUUCUAUUUUCAUUGAUCUUCCAGGCUCUCUGCAUUCUUCCCACCCUAGUAAACAGGAUGCAACUGAGUACUCACAUGUACAACCUUGUUUAAAUCAAUUCCUCUCUUUACCUUGGUGGAAAGGGUGUUAUCAUUGAAGAUAUUGUGCCUCUCCUAUUGCAAACACUCCCCAGCCAUUUCCUAACAAUCUGCUCACAUUGAGGAAGCAUUUAGUAAUUAUUCUGAAUUACUGAAAGGCAAUUUGCCUGCCAAAAGCAAUGGCCAGCAUGCCUGAUUAAUCAUCAUCACUACUAUUCCAAACUAAUCCAAUAAUCUGAAAAAGAAGACGUGCCUUCAGAGAAGGAUGUUAUUCUGCUUCUGAAACUUACUUUCAGUGAACUAUUAGGUUACCUGCUAAUUCUUAGCCCCUCUUUCUGCAAUCAGGAUUUAUCAGUUUUUGAUAAGAGAAAAUAAUCUUGCUUUCCUCUGAGACAGAAAGAUUAUGACUAUAUCACAGAAUUACUGAUUCAUUCAUAGAGGAGAAUAAACUUAGGACAACUUUCCAUCCUUUUAAAAAAUUGAUUAAGAACAGUUAUUCUUAAAAGCAAGAAUAAUUGCCAUUCUAAGAAUUACUGUUGUAACUUGGGGAUAGAAAUGGACUUGUCUGGGAUCUACUGGAGGAUAACAUUUUUAAGUUCCUUUAAAACAGUUGCCAUUAUUGAGAAGGGAAACAGUGGGCCUCAUGAAAAAAUAGUGCUUGGAACUAAAUUCUUCAAAACAUUUCUUAUGGCUUCUUCUGGAGGAAAACUUUAUAUCUCAAAAAGGGAGCAAGAUAAUCUGGAGUUUCUAAGAAUUCAACAGAACCUUUUUAGGAGAAUGUAUCACCAAUGCAGAGCAUUACAACUGAAAGACCAUUCUUCCUAAUAGAUAUCAUAAUUUCAGAUAGUAUAACAUAUAAAUAUGCAGGCUGGUUAAAUCAUAUGUUAAAUCUUCCUUCAAAGUCAACAAUUGCUUUUAUUUGCAUUUGCAGUUAUGAUCUAACUUCAGGUAAGAAAUUGAAAAAAUAAUUGAAAAAAUAAACUUAGUGAAGAGGUUUGUGUUAUGGCAAAAGAGGCCAGAAAGUUAUGCUAAUAAAUCCAGAUUUUGCAACAAGUAGGAUCAGUCAAGUAUUCUUCUAUAAUCACCUAGUUCCUUGUCUGGAAUUUCCAUCUGGUGUUUUAAUAUUUAAAACAAUAAAUACUAUUCUUUUAUUUCUUUCUUAACUUUUGUAUUUUUUUCUGUACCCAGCUUCUCAUUGCAACAUUGUGCCAUACUUUAUUUUCUUUAUGCACUAUGUUUCUACAGUUUCUCAAAAAUUAUUCCAUUAUAAAAACAAAAUUGGAAGUCAUUAUUUUAUAUUUGUUUUUGUACUCUCUCUCUCUCUCUCUCUUGGUUUUGGCUAUGUUUUCUUUCUUUCCUUUCUUUCCUUAUGUUAAUUAUUAAUUUAUGUUACUUUUUUGUAUCCUUUUAUGUUACUUUUUUGUAAAAAAAUAGUAAGAUUAAUCUCAGUGGUGGGUUGCUCCCGGCUCAGUGGUUGGUUGCUCCCGGCUCUUGAGAACAGGUAGUAAAAGCGGCAGGAGGCUCCACCCACCCGUCCAGACACCAUAAUGGGCUAUCUGCACAUGUGCAGAAGCGCAAGCGUGCACACUCCUGUUGCGAACCGGUAGUAAAGGUAAGUAGAACUCACCCCUGGGUUAUCUUUAAAAAAGUUAUUUCAGUAUUUGAAUAUUCUUCAGUUAAAAUCAUUAUUUGCACAUAGUCUUGAGUUACAAAUUAUAGUCAGCAAUUUUAACAUUGAAUUUUUUUUUAGUUUUUCUUCACUACUCCAACAUUUGUAUACUGGAUAUUUUUGAAUAAUUUGAGUACAUGUAUCAAUUGUUUGUAAGCAAAAUAGUCUGUUCUGAAUUCCAAACUUGUUAAAAAGAAAAUCAAUAUUAUUUUUUUGUUGUAUUCCUUAGCACCAUUGCAUAACAAUAGCCAUUCAUGCCUUUCUCCACUAUAAUGGUUUACUUCUAGCUCAAAGAUUAAUUUUUUCCUUAUAACUUCAUUAAAUGUAAUUCCUGCCAUAAGUUUUGGCCACCAGUAAUAGAAAGGAGUCUCAUAUACUUUGGUCAUGUGAUGUGGGGAAUUCGCUGGAGAAAGCAAUUAUGUUGGAAGAAUUAUCCAUAAAAGGAAAUCAGGCCGUCAAAGAACAUGGUGGCUGGACACCAUCAAAGCUGAUAUUAGCCAAAGCACAGGAAAAACAGGAAACAGUGCAAGAUCAGAAGAUGUAUAGAGACCUGGUGCACAAAAUAGCCAAGAGUCAGAUUCAACUGAAUAGAUAACAUCAUCAUCAUCAUCAAUAGAGAGGAAUACUUUUUACCCCAUCACAACAGAAUUUUCCCAUUCCUUAUCAAGCUGAUCUCGUCCCUUUGAACAUUCGUGGCUCCCUUCAAACACUUUUGGGCUAACAAAUGUUCUGUUUCAUUAUCACAUUUAUGUAUGCAUAAUUUUUAAACCUGGGAAGAUACGUUUGUUUUUCUUUUUAAAGAAAUGAUGAAAAUGGGAAAAUAUUUAAAUAAAUACAUUUAAUCUCUUCUAAAUUGUUCUUUUUAAAAAGUGCUAAACUAAAUUGGAAUUAGGAGCUUUAACAAUAUUAUCUUGGAUUAAAGCAAUACAAUAUAUUAAAUAUAUUAAUGCAAGAAUAUUUAUAUCACACACAACCACUUCUUCGGGUGUUUCUAUGUAAUGACAAUUUUAAUGCCUGUAUUUUUUUUAUUUUAUUAUCUUCUAACAUCAGUUUUUCCUAACGCUCCCUCCAAACAUUGUGCUAGGUUUCAUUUUUUAGGACAUCAUGCCCUGCAUCUGAUGAAGUUAAUUGUAGCUUAUGACAUAAUAAGCACUUUAAUCUUCCUGAUGCCACAAAGCUUGCAUUUUGCUAUCUCUAAUAUGUUUUCUUUAUAUUAUUUUUGACAUUUUUUCCUUCUGUCAAAUUUCUCCAAUAUCAAAAGAUAAGAUAUAAGGUAUAAGGGCCUCUGGUGGCUCAGCAGAUUAAGUCUGUCUGUUAUUAACACAGCUGCUUGCAAUUACUGCAAGCUCAAGUCCCACCAGGCCCAAGGUUGACUCAGCCUUCCAUCCUUUAUAAGGCAGGUAAAAUGAGGACCCAGAUUGUUGGGGGCAAUAAAAGUUGACUUUGUAUAUAAUAUACAAAUGGAUGAAGACUAUUGCUUAACACAGUGUAAGCCGCCCUGAGUCUUCGGAGAAGGGCGGAAUAUAAAUUCAAAUUUAAAAAAAAAGAUGGAGGUUUAUUAAAAUUAUUUCUUAUUGGACAACUGAAAGAAACCUUUCUCUUCACAAAGAUAAAGUUCUUUACUUUUAUUUUAUGUUGGUUUUAUGCUGUUUCUUAUCUCUCUCAAUAUAUUAAAGCUUAAUACACCUACUGUAAGCUAGAACCUGGGGCUGAUCGAGUUAUUGUGCAGAGCCUAAAUGAUCUUUCCAAAUUCCACACCCAAUUGUACAUCCUUAAUUUUUACUAUACAGGUAGAUAAGCAUCACAUAUGCUUCUGGUAAUAGACUACUCAGAGCAGAGUUGGCAAAGAACUACUUCCUUCAAUUAUCGGUAAGUAAGUAAUGCAGAAUAUAGGAUUCUCACUCACCAAACCUAAGGCAAGUGAAGUAAGUAGCUUUUGUUACUUAUUAUUUGGGUUUUGGAUUGAUCACAGAGUACAGGAUGGGAAGGCAAACAAUACGAUUAUUAUACAUUUCAGAAAUUGUUUUCACCUUUGCCUGUUACUGUCUCUUUGUCUUGAAUUUAAAUAUAAUCUUUGUUGCUUUGAAUAAUUGUGAAUAAAAUACAAGAGAUUUGCCUGAGCUGUUUUUAUUCAGACUUUCAGAUCAGGAGUUUUUAUUUCAUAAUCAGUGAUUUCAGAAAUUUCUAGACUGGGAGGCUCUACUUCUACCAACAAAAGGCACUGUCCAACUAUAGGUCCAUAAAAGUCAUAUCCUGUGACUUUUAAAUAUAUUUGAACAUAGCUCAGCUCAGCUUUCCAUAUAUUAUCUACUGUUUCCACAAGAGUAGUACUUUGAAAAUGUUUGUAUUUUGAAUGUGGAUCAAUAUUACUUUUGUCAUAAAUAGAUAUGUGGUAUUAUCUAACUUCAAUGAAAUAAUAAAUGAGUUUUGAAAUAACAUAUCUAAUAAGUAGGUGCAGAUUCUGUAUGAUUAAACAGAAAAAUCUUAAGACUGCAGAAUUCGUUAACAUUCUUUUAACCCAAGGGUUUUUUUAACAAGAGAAAAGAUGGCAGAAUUAAUUGUUCUUUUUCCAGUUCAUCAAGUGAUUCAUAAACCUUAUGUCCCUGGAUAUAUUGAACAGCAUAGUAUAAUUCAAUGCCAAGGUCAUAAGACAUUAUCAGGUUUUCAAUCUUAGUCAGCAAAAAGUCUGUAAAGGAUUGCCAAAAUAUCGUAAAAAUAUGGCUUAUUUUAACCUUGAUCAAAUAAACCAACUUUAUAUUUUCUUUUGUUUCCUAAAAUCUUAAUCUUUAGUUUAUUCAAAUAUUGUUGCAUGAUUUGAUCUCUCUUCAUUUUUUCUUUGUCCCACUGCAUUACUAUAAAUCCAAUAAUAAAAACACUGUCCAAGUCAUUCCCAUGGUUUAUCAGUUGCAUUUCCCUUUAAAAUUUCAGGCAACUUUCUUUGUAUAUCUAAUAAAAACUCCUUAUCUGGAUCAUUCUCUUGGCUUGCCACUUGUAUUUUUACUUUACAUACCUUCUCUAUACUGAAAUCCAGUUUUUUAAAUCCGAUAUUUCUGAUUCCACUAUUUCAUAUCUGCCAGGCUAUCAUUAACAUCCUUUAAACAUAGAAGCAAACAUCAUUACUUGUGAUAAUUGUAGUUAAUAAUUUCUGGCUCCAUUCUUCAAAAGCUCCUUUAAUAUUUUAAAUGCUGUAGUGCUUCAUGUCAUUUUGUAAAUUCCAAUCUAAGACAAAACCACAGGCAAGGGUUUUUGGCUUUUGGCCUGGAAUCCUUAGCCCCUUUUAAAUUAUACAGUCAUAUAUUAUAGGUAAAAUUCCAGUGUUGUCACAAAAUUCCGAACAACAAUAUAUAUUUUAUUGUUUGUAAAAAUGAGAGUGAUUUAAACAAAGCAUGGAAAAGGCUGUUUGUCCUUCACAAGUCAUUAAUAAUGUUAAUCUGCUGUUUCAUAAUGUUCAAGGUCUUUAUUAUGUAAGUACAAGAUCCACAAUAAUGUGCUGAACCCUAAUCUAUCCUGAAUUAAUAUAACCAUCAUCACAUGAUGUGGGGAAGAAGUGCUGAUAGGUUGAAGGUAUCUUGAAAUUCAAAAAUCUGAAUGGUCAAAUGAGGAUCUAUUAAAAUUUCAGUUAGGACUGCUGCAAAAUAGAUAACUAAACUAAAAUGUGAUUGAUUUGUUUAUGGUUACUGUAAUUUCUUAUCAGAAACUAUGCCAUUUAAUCACCAGAUUAUAGAUAAAUAACUCAUAAAUAACUCAUAGCUCAGCACAAGGUGUCUACCUAACCAAAAAAAAAUGGUGGAUUCACCCAAUCCAGAUUUUUAUUUACACAAUCCGAAUUGUUAAAAUGAAGUACAGAAUAAUGCUGGCUCUCAGGAAAGAUGGAAAGUUAUUUUCAUUCAGGAAAAAGAAAUUAUUUAGGUUGUUGGAACUCUCAUGGAAAAUAUCAGGGCUUGUAUCAGCAAAUACUAUAAUCUGUACUGUUAGUCAUGAAAUAGGUGUAUAAACAAAGUGGUGCAAUAUACACUGAUAUUUGAGGAAUAUGCAAACACCUAGCCAGAUACAUAGCAGGAAAAGUGAGUAACAGGAAGGUGCAUCACAUCAUUACUUCAUCUCUGUCUCUUGCAGCAAUGCUCCUUUCUUUCUUUUCUGUCAAUAUUUUGGCCUGAAGUAUCAGUAAAGAAACAUGAACAUCUUCAUUUACUCUAUGUAAAUAUAGACACCAGAGGCUCAGGGAGAAAUUGUUCUUUCAAGUACCAUUUUUCCUGUAAUGGUACUUCAACUUCAAUUCAUCACUGUGCUUGAACAUUUCCAAUAGGCAGGAAUCAUUCUGUAAUUUCUGUAAGUUUCUAGAAGAUAACGGAAGAAGUAACUUGUGAUAUCCUAAAAUCCAGCAGUGAACUGUAAAACUUCCUCAAGCAAUUCAUAAUUGAACCCAUCUCAUGGAUGCCAGUAGGACUCAUUUAUGAGUAAGCAUGCUUGGGAUUCUAACUUCUGUCACAUGACUUCCUUGAAUAUUUCUUAGAAUGAAAGAGAAGACACUCCCCCGCUUUCUUAUGCUCUGGUCACAGCCAACUCAAGGCUUGUCAUGAAGUAUCUCUGAAAGGGCAGUUCUUCACACUUGAUAAGACUAGCAUGAAAUGUCUGCAUUUGUCAUUACAUAUUCCACAUUUUAUUGAGACAAGAGACCUCCUAUCAAAUCUGGUACCAGAGCAGUGCUCCAAGAAGCUCAGCAGCUCAGGUUAAGUCUCUCUGCAGUUGGAACACCAGCGCUCCUCCUUUUCCCCAGCUAUCACUUGCUGUAAAUAAAACAAAAACACAACAAACAGGACUUCCUGGGGUGAGUUUUUAAACAUGAAGACUCCUCCAAAACAAAGGCUGCCCCAUCCACAGUUAGCAGGGAGUACUGAAAGCUACGGGUAGAGAGUUCAGUUAUUUUCCCAAUCUGUGCAAGCUACCAUUUGCGGCACUCUUUGGACAAAAAGUCUUGAAGCUCAGAUGACGUUAUAAAAUGAAUGUCAACCCCACAGAAGUAAAAUCUGUUCUGAAGAGUUUGCUAUCUAUCUAUAUGCAAGACAGGGAAAGGAAACUGAAUUAUACAAACCCAUCCCUUGUGCAGCAGGAAGAAAUCUCGGCUUCCCUAUACAUCCUGAUUAUUAUUGGGUUUUUUGGCUUUCUCCUUUUCUCUAUGAUGCUCAGCAAUAUUGUUCUCAGGCAGCGGGAAAACUACAUGGACUAUCUCUUUCAAAAUAAAUUUCCAGGAAAGAGGAGGACAACUUCCUGCAACAGUAUAAUGGUUAAUGUUGGAAAAGGUGUUACAACAGAAGCUAACACAGAUUGCCAAUGCCAAAAGACUAACUGUUGCCCAAUGGCAGAAAUUCCAAGCAUGGAAUCAGCGCAGAAAAAUGUAUGAAGAUGCAGUAUCAUGACCUAUUUUUAAUUGUGGAUGAUUUUGUUGCUGUCUAAAGUAUUAGAUCUGAUUGCACUAACUUGGGCCAUUCCUGGCAAGCCUCAUUUGGAGCAACCUUCCCCUCUACAGUGCAAGAAAAAACUUGUUUAUUUCUAAACUGCAUUAUAGUUUUCCUAUUUUAAGCUCAAUUAAAUUUCCACAAAUGGUUUGGUAGUCGAGUUCAAACUUGUAUGAUUUCUUUAUAUUCAUGCUCAUAUGCACUUUUGCAGGGGUGAAAUCUACUUACCUUCCUUACCAGUUCGGAAGUCAUAUGCGCACGCAGACCUUCUGCACAUGCGCAAAACCUUCUGCACAUGCACAGAAGGUAAAAAACACAUUACUUUCUGGUUAAAACCAGGAAGUAGUGACACCCCGACAGGUGGGUGGAGUUUCACUCCGCCAUUGCUAUCAGAUCGCCGAACCAGGCGCCAAGAUUGUUACUGGAUCGCGCGAUCCGGUCUGAACUGGGAGCAUUUCACCCCUGCACUUUUGGGUUGUGUCCCACAUGGACUAAGUAAGCCAUCUUCCUUCAUUUUCUUAAUUGUGUGUUUUGUGAAGAUUUUUGUUCUUCUAACUGUGUUAUGUUGUGGAGACCUCCUCACAAUCUAAAAGCAAUACAUAAAGGAUGAAAGAGUCAAAUCAAGCAAAUGCUCAUAUUGGCUAGAAAUCUAACUCUCCUGCCUUGGUUCAUUAUUGGCCCAUUAUCCAAGAACUGAUUCAGAAUAUUGACUACCUCAUCUGCAUUACAUGAAAAAGAGAAGCAGAACUAGAUGUCUUCUGCAUAUUGCUGUCACCUUAGCCCACUUCCCUGGAUGACCUCUGACAGCCUGAAACUGGAUUGAAAUGGAUCUAGAUGAAUCAGUCUCAAUCAAAAGAGCCUGAAUUGGAUGAGUCAGCAUCCAUUCAAGGAAAAAGGAGUAUUGGCCACAGGCAUAUAAGUUUUCAUUCUCCGAGUCCAGAUUUGGAUUCUUUAGAAAUGGUUUAGAAAUUUUGGGUUCUGAACACGUCAUUAAACAAAGACAAUCUGUGUUGUUGCAUCAUAGUAAGACAGUAAGAAACCCAACAUUCCAUCUUCAUCAGUCUGAUGACCUUUGACAUUCCAUCUCCUUAACAACGGACUUCCCCAGCUUUGUUGCCACUCUUGAAGGGGCCAUUUUGCCCAACAAUAGAAUUAACUUCAGAUAUACAAAGACCUGCCUAAUUUCCCCUAAGUGGCCAGCAAAUUAGAUCCCUAGGAUUUCCUACCAUGUAGCUCUCAAACAUCUUUGCUUUCUCAUUUUUCAGAAUUCCUCAUUCUUGGAAAACACCCAAUGACUUGCAAUAAACAUGGUUCUUUCUCCUCGGUGUUGAGUUCUGAAUUUUCCACAGCAGUUAAUAUUCUGGCUGCUUUUGUCCGUCACAAAUGUCAUUCUUCUAUCUUGGAAAUAUUUUUUUUCUUUUGACUUUCACUUUUAGAUUUUUAUAAGAAAUUAAGAUGUACCAAAGAGUCAUUCACUGCACUUAGUUGAAAAAACCAACUUAGCUGGAAAAAUUAUUCUGACCACACACCCCAUCCCCAAAGGAAAACUAGACAGAAGAAAAAGAACUGUUGCUUAGUAACAGCUGAACUUCAGUCAAAUCUUCAGAUACGUUCUUGCUUUUCAGCAGAGGUGUUUGCAGAUGUCUGCACCAUCUGCGCUCCUUUCUUACCAACUGUUACUUCUAUUCUUAUUAGAAAAUGUUAAGAUUCUGCCUCCUUCCUACCCCAUCCCAGAAGUAAUAGUUUGGGGUAUAAAAUUUUGGCUUCCUAUCAGGAUAAGUCAUGCUGUUUGUUCCAAUGUACUUUUUUUCAGAUGCACUUCAUUUUCCCCAUUACAUUGGACAACAUUUUUUUUUCAAGUUUGGUUUUCUUAAUUUGGUGAUUAGGAUAGACCCAUACCGUAAAUAUAAUUUCAGAAUGACUUAUCACACAGGAAUCUUGAAAAAUAUGAAAUUAACUUUGAAUGACUAUAAUGUAUUUAAUCAUGUAAAGUUUCUGAUACGGUGCAUGAGUCCAACAGGGCUAAAAGUGUUUUGCUGCUGAAUUUCAUUUCUGUUGUCUCCAAUGCAUCUCACUGCAGCAUCCAACAAUGGUUGGCCAGCAUUGAUGGAUUCCUGUUGCCCCAAUAUCAUUUUUCUUUUGUGACAAUAUCCUGGUGAAACCUUUCACCAUGCUCAUCACAGAUAGUCGGUAGAAAGAAAUCCACAUGUGAAUGCAGAAAAUGAAUCUUCACUGACAUGUUGCACUAAAUGGUAUUGUAUGGUGUAAGAUAUUUGACAACUGGGUGAACGUAGCAUGAUGCUCUGUGGUUACCAAGAAAUUCUCAACAACAUUCUUGAAUGCAAUUUUCUCUGGCCCCACUAACAGAUCUUCAAACUGCUCGUCAUUGAUGAUGUAUUGUAUCUGAUCUGUACACCAAAAAAAAAUGCCCUCCUUAAUCUUGGCAUCAAUUAUUCUUGAAAACAUUUGUCUCAAAUAACAAAAACUUUUAUUUUUCAUCAGUCCAAGAUUUACGUGAAGCAGAAGCAAAAAUAUCUUUGUCACAUCAUCAAAUGGUUCAUGUGUCAUGUUUUUCUGUCCCACAACCAAAUUAUUUUGGGGUGGCCAUUUCUUUUUAAUGUAAUUUGACUGACUCUCUUUCAUGUUUGUUCCAUUCGUCUAUGCAAGAACAGUACUUGGCAUAUGCAAGUUGCAUUCUAUGCAGCAGAGCCACUACCUUUAGACCUCCACAGAUAUUCUAGUUGUACUUGGUGUAUUGGAUGUGCUUUAACAGUAGUUGCAUGUUUUUGUAUAUUUCUUUCACGUAUGCAGCAUAGCCAACAGAUACUGAAAGGCAGUGAUGAAAUCCAAUUUUUUUUUACCACCGUUCUGUGGGUGUGGCGUGGCUUGGUUGGUAUGGCUUGAGGGUGUGGCAUGGGAAAGAUACUGCAAAAUCUCCAUUCCCACCACAUUCCAAGGGAAGGAUAUUGCAAAAUCUCCAUUCCCACCCACUCUGGAGUCAGUCAGAGGUGGUAUUUGCUGGUUCUCUGAACUACUCAAAAUUUCCACUAAAACAGUACAAGAUAAAUUAAAUUAUAGGUUGUUUUCAUAAUUAGCAGCCUUAAACGGUGUAUAACAUACACCGAAAAGUGUUCAGGAAGAAAAAUCCUUAUUAUCCAGUAUUAAUUAGCCAUGACACAUGAAUACAUAAUUCAGUUUUUGUUUCAUUUCUUUUCUUCUGAUGACCCUUUAAUCCCUUUAUUUAGGGUGGAAUCAGGGCGACUGAAUGGAGCUGAGCAUUUACUGGCUGGAUGCCUUUCCUGACGCCUUUAGUUUUUAUUUCAGUAUUACUAAAUAAUACAGGCAGUGAAAUCCAUUAUGAGAUCAUCAAUAUCUCUGGGCAUCAUUAGAAUUUUCUGUGCAGCUCAAUUUUGCCAGGCAAUCCAUGAUGCAUCGCGUUGUAAACCCACUAUUAAAACACAUUAUUCAUCGGAGUUCCCACGACACUACAUCAAGAAAACUAUGUCUGCAAUAUUUGAAAAAUUUAAGAACUCUUCACCUCAAUGACUACAAGACUAUAUUUUUAGGUGAAACUGAUAUUUCUGAAAGUCUCAUAACAGGAGACAAGUUUCCUUAUGAAGAUAAUCUCAACUGGCCCAUAUGGACAGUUGUACAUGCUGGCAACAGCCAAGGAUGGGUACCCUGGAGAUAUAGAGUAUAUCUAAGGGAUGACUUACCCUUAGGGCAGCAGGAUGACAUGUUUCAGGAAUUCUGUGACUUUCUCUCUAUUACUUAUGGAAAGUGUGCCAUUGUGGUCAAAGAGAAAAAACGCUUAAGGGUAAAGACUGAAGCAUCUAACCAGGAAGGGGACAUAAUCGAUCCUCAGGCCAUUUCUCAUCCCUACUUGUUGAACAUCAAACACUGCCCUGAAAUUGCCAGGGCUACAGGUCACGAACUUCUUUCAGUGCCUUUUGAUUACAACUACUUGCAUCCUAUGGAUUCUGUCUGGUCAUCUUUGAAAUGGUUUAUUAUCAAUAACAGAAAAGACUUUUCUCUGACAUCCUUGGAAAGGACCUAUUCAUACCAGUGCAUCCUCUUCAGUGACCUGAUUGGGAAAGGAAUAGAGAAAACAAGCCCAACCAAAUGGAAAGUGGCUGUUAACAAAGUGCGGAGAUGGGAAAAUUACUAUUUGGAUAAGUUUUCCUGACAGCUUCCAGUCAUUUGUCAAGUGAUAUUUGUUUGAAAAUGGGCUAAUUCAGAUACUAAAUGUGCAUUUUCACUUUAUAAUUCUAUGUCAAUGGU